AUGGAUUGGCAGCAAUUAGAGCACAAGUCUCAUCUUGAGGACGAUCCUACAUGGAUUGAAGCAAGACGCAUGUUUCAAUCCUAUACUCCGGGCGACCACCAUCUUGAAACGAAAAGCCUUUCGAUUCGCGAUGCGUACGUUUACAAGCCUCUCAAUGCAUAUAAUCGCGAAAUCCGUAUCUUGACACUUCAGCCAUUCCUUACCCCCCCAGACGGACACGAACCCAUCGUGUGUGGAAGUCUCCAAGAAAUUUCUCUCGACUCUAGCCCCUUCUAUUUUGCACUAUCUUACGUUUGGGGUGUUGCGUCACAGACAUUUCCCAUCAUACUUGACGGGAGAAUAUUCAACGUGACCACGAAUUUGCACAGUGCAUUGAAACAACUCUCGCAAAAAGGCUAUGCCCUUCCUAUUUGGAUCGAUGCUAUCUGUAUCAACCAGAGCGACAGCUUGGAGAAGAGUAGCCAAGUCCAAGAAAUGGGCAGUAUCUAUCGAAACGCGCAACUGGUACUUGGCUGGCUAGGUCCAGAGGCUCGUUCUAGCUCAUUAGCGAUCAAAGCGCUGUCUUUUCUUGGGUCACGGUGUAUGAAUAUGCCGGACGGACCUAGUCUUCAGGAACGCUACGACCUUGUAACGACUGUGCUUCCUUCCGAUCCAGCAGACAAACGACUUGCCUUUCCAACCUCUUCUGUCGUUGCCCUACUCAACCGGCCGUGGUGGUGUCGUGUGUGGGUUGUACAAGAAGUCGUACUGGCAAAGAAUGUAUACCUUUUAUGUGGAGACAGCGACGUUCAAUUCUCGUUCCUGCUGCUAGGAUUCACAAUGAUUUUCGAAUUACCAUUGCUUGAUGCUGUAUUCCAAGGUUCUCUUGGGGCCCGAAUCAUGCCUCUCCUACCCAUCCUCAAGUGUGACCCCCGCAUCAUGAAUGCAGCGAUUCGUGGCCACAGUCAAGAGCCUGCUCCCCUUUCGCAACGAAUGGAAGAAGUACGCUCAUUGGGAGCAACAGAUGCUAGAGACCACAUACUGGCGUUGCUUGGGAUGGUAAGUGAUGCGAGUGAGGUGGGUAUCAAGGCAGAUUACACAAAGAGUUGCGCCGAGAUUUAUACACAAGUGGCUUCAGGACUCAUGAUAAACCAAAGAAAUCUCCAAAUCCUGUCCCACUGCUCGUUCCCAAAGACACAAAAGAAUCUCCCAUCUUGGGUGCCGGACUGGUCCACAGGAUUUUCCUAUCAUAUCUGGCAGUCGAAGUACAGUCUCUUCCGAACGGGAAGCAGGCAUAACCAGAGAACCAAGAUGCAAGCUGGAAAUUUUGUAAUAUCUGGCUCGAGGUUUGAUGUCAUCACAAACACUGGCUAUUCGUGGAACAAGACUGAUCUCACCGUUGAGCCUGACACAGAACCAGUGGUACUUUCUGCUUGCCUAGGAGCCAUCGAAGACUUCGUGCGUAGAAAUUGCUCGGCGUACCGCUCUUCCAAGGAAAUUGACGACGCUGUGUGGCGAACUCCAAUCUGUGAUACCGAAUCUGGGGUGUUCUCUGAUACAGGUCGAAAGUGUAUCCGCGCAACCGCAAACACGAGAGCCGGUUUUGAAGCUCUUAGACACCCAGAGAACCUCACAAAUAUUCCCGACGAGAACAAGAGAUUGCAAAAGGCCAAGUCAUUCCAAUACAAAGCAGGAAUGAUCGGCGCACUCUCCAACAGAAGAAUCUUCGUGACGGCGAAGGGAUAUGUCGGCGUUGGACCUGGUCACCUCCAAGCAGAUGACCACAUUUGCAUUUUCUGGGGUGCUGAAGUUCCAUAUGUCUUACGCGAGAGACGCGACAUCAACCACACGCAGAAGAAACGGUUCUGGCAGAGAGACAAGGGCGAUUUCGAGUUCCUAGGAGAAUGUUAUGUUCACGGCAUCAUGGACGGCGAGAAAGACCUUCGCACUUCGACGGGUGAGGACUUUGUCUUGCAUUGA